UCGACACUCGGAAAUCAAAGAAGUCAUACUACUGCGACGGUUGCUGGCUUCCUCUGGGAGCUACUGUGGCUUCGCAUUAAAUUCGAGUUUCCAAAGUGAUGGUGAAGAGUUACUGGUCACAAUUUCUCCGAUCUCAUUUCCGAAUCAAAAGAUCCUUUUCAUCAUCUGUAUCUCAAGUUUUUGGUCCCCCUCCUCGUGCUCCUCAACGAAGAGUAGUUGUUACUGGUUUAGGAAUGGUGACUCCGCUUGGUUGCGGAGUGGAGACUACGUGGAAGCGACUUGUAGAGGGGGGUUGCGGAAUAAGGGCACUUACGCCUGAGGAUCUCAAGCUGGAUGUACUUGACAGGGAAACGCAACUGCAUACAUUCGACCAAUUGACAUCCAAAGUGGCUGCCAUGGUGCCGUGUGGAGACAAUGCUGGUGAAUUUAAUGAAGAAUUAUGGUUAAAUUCCAAGGAGCAUAGAUCCGUUGCAAGGUUCAUAGCAUAUGCACUAUGCUCAACUGAGGAAGCUCUUAAAGAUGCAAACUGGAUUCCCACUGAAAAGGAGAAAGAAAGGACGGGUGUUUCAAUUGGUGCGGGCAUUGGUAGCAUCAGUGACAUUUUGAAUGCAUCCCAAAUGGUUUGUGAGAAGCAUUUACGCCGGCUUAGUCCUUUUUUUGUUCCACGAAUAUUGAUCAACAUGGCAGCAGGCCACGUGAGCAUGAAAUAUGGAUUCAAGGGACCAAAUCAUGCUGCAGUAACAGCUUGUGCUACUGGUGCCCACUCUGUUGGUGAUGCUGCAAGGAUGAUUCAGUUUGGAGAUGCGGAUAUUAUGAUUGCUGGAGGAACAGAGUCUAGCAUUGACGCUUUAUCAAUAGCAGGGUUUUGUAGGUUAAGGGCCUUGAGUACAAAGCGCAAUUCUGUCCCACAAGAAGCUUCACGACCUUUUGAUUGUGGUCGAGAUGGAUUUGUGAUAGGUGAGGGUUCUGGUGUUAUGGUAUUGGAGGAACUUGAGCAUGCACAAGAACGAGGAGCAAAAAUUUAUGCAGAGAUUCGAGGCUAUGGGUUGUCAGGUGAUGCAUAUCACAUUACUCAGCCACACAAUGAUGGGAGAGGUGCGAUUUUAGCCAUGACACAUGCACUAAAGCAGUCUGGUCUUCAUCUUGAUCAAGUGGAUUAUAUAAAUGCUCAUGCUACAUCCACACCUCUAGGUGAUAUGAUAGAAGCCAACGCUAUCAAAUCUGUAUUUUCUGAUCAUGCAACCUCAGGUGCUUUGGCAUUGUCGUCCACAAAGGGUGCUACUGGUCAUCUUCUUGGAGCAGCAGGAGCAGUGGAAGCAAUCUUUGCAGUGCUAGCUAUAUAUCAYGGGAUUGUACCGUUGACACUCAAUCUCAGUCAUCCUGAUCCCAUCUUUCGUGAUGGUUUCAUGCCUUUAACUGUGUCAAAGGAGAUGCUGAUUAGAGCAGCUCUGUCAAACUCCUUUGGUUUUGGUGGGACAAAUGCAUCCCUGCUGUUCACAUCUGCUCCGUAGCAUUGACGAUGGAUGAAUGAUCUUUGCUAGGGAAAGCUCAAAAGAAGCAAGCCAUGGGCGAUCAUCAUUCAAAUUCAAACAACCACAAACUUAUGGCUUCAGUAGUUUCAGACAAGCCAUGAAGUUAUUUAAUUGCCUUCACAGCAUAAUGUUUUUAAUCCUUUUUUCCUUUCAUGUUAGAUGGGAACUACUGAGAAGUUUGAAAGCUCAGUGAUGGGAGAGACAUGGAGGCACACGACAGUCAACAUAGGAUGUAUUUUAUAAGAAAUCUGAAUGAGGGAAGCAUUUUCAGUCUCAUAUAUUCAAAUAAAGAGAAUAUGAACUUUAGUUUUGCCUUGCUAACGCUUUGGGAAGCGUAGGUGCCUGUGUUGUAAUGUAUGACUGCUCACGGUGCCUAUACAUUUUGAUGUCAAAGAUUCACAUAUAUUGCUACAAUAUAGUUGAAAUUUAUUCAAUGAGGCAAGUAAAAUUACAUAAAUGAAAUUUGGUGGCAUUAACUUCUUA